CGCUGUUAAGCCUGCGCUGCAAGCAGCAGGUCCCAGCCGCCGGAUCCUUCUCCAUGCUCAGCAGGCGCUCGAGUUUCGGGGUGUGCGCAAGAUGGAGAGGACGGCGGUCGCUCAGAGAGACAUGCUUGUAUCCCGGUACGAGCUUAGAGAAUGCGUCCAAACAGAGGAAACGCGACCUUUUCAAUAUGAUCAGCUAGUGAAC